GCCACAGCAAAGCAAACCCAGCGACGUACAGGAAAGGAAAAAAAAAAAAAAAGUCUGUCAUGUAACAGACUUUUUUCAUCAGAGAAAGCAGCAUUUAAUCAAAAACUAGAGGUUGUUCAAGUUUCACAACACUAAAUCAUGCUGGGAAAGAAGUUGGUGACUGCACAAAAACGAGGGGAGACAAGAGCCCUCUGCCUGGGACUGGGAAUGGUUGCAUGCUCCAUGAUGAUGUACUUUUUUAUUGGGAUCACCAUUGUACCAUUUUACACUAAGAGUGUUUGGACAACAGAAACUGUGUGCAAGGUACUCAAAGCCAACAUCAAGGACAAAGUUUUCUGCCCAAAUAGCAAAGGCUCAGAGGAUGAGGAAAUCUUUCCUUAUCCCUGUCUACAGGUGUGGGUUAAUCUGACGGCCUCAGGACAGGAAGUGAUGCUCUACCAGACUGAAGAUACAUUGGAAAGAAAUCCUAAGUGCUCAUAUGUCCCAGAGAAGUUGGAGAACUCUAAAGAAGUUAAAGCACGAAUAGAAACAAUUGCAAGCAAUUUCAAAAAAUACCAGACUUUCCCGUGCUACUAUGACCCAGGAGGAACACAGACCAACGCUAUUUUAAGCAGACUUUAUCCUGAAAAAGUUCUUCUCUCCAGAUCAUCAAAGUGGGGAAGAGGAGAGAGGAGCGAGCAAGCAACUCGUGGUUUGCAGUGUUUCCGACUGAGGAAUACCAUUCUUAAACCACAACAAGUAAAAUACAUCUUAAUAAAUACAGCAAGCCAAAGUAACCACAGACGUUUACAUGCCUAGCACCAAGAUAUUUCACAAAAGAGAUACAUUUGUUUCCAGAGCCGAGACUUCUAGGAAUGCUCUGAUGCAUGAAGAGAGACAUUUUCUGUUCUCUGAAAAGAACUGUUUGUCUCAGCCAAAUUUCAAAUUACCAUUGGACACAGGUGGAACAUGAGAUACUUUCUGCCUACUGUAUUUGACUGUUAUCUGGUACAAAACUGGUGCAAGCUUUUUCACCACACGGUUGAACCAGUAAGAGCUAUCAUUCACAGGGAAGUUUCAGGGCUUAGAUACAAAUUUAAUUACAUUACAGUUUAAUUAUUUUCAUUGAUGUGGUACAAUUCUGUAUUAUUUAUUGUAAGAAAGGCUGACAUAUUAACCCAGCACAUGAAUUCUCCAACAUUACUAACAAAACAAUGUCAGAGUUUGCUUUUCACUAUGAUCAGCAAAUGAAAGGAAGUGACUGCUAAAUUUAUUUUUUUUUAAAAGCUAACUCCCAGAAAUUAAUAUAGGAGAACUAUGUCCACAAGGAGGAAAGUACAUCCUCACACCAUACUUUUGCGACACGCAUCAGAAGUUGUGUUUAUUUACAACUCAAAUCUCUCUCAUUCCAGAAAAGUUCAGCUGGCACAGGUACAGCUGGUUUGGGUGACCAAAUUGGAUAGGAAAGGAAAAAGAACCUGCUUUGUUAGUUCAUAAAAAGCUGAGGCAGAAGUGUAGUAAGUAGUUUUAAAGAGUCUCGAGAUUGCAAAGUAGAACUUGCUCAUGACUGGACUCAGUCCGCCAAAUUUGUAACCCAUCACUUUGCUCCCCGCCCAGCUCAGCAGAGAUCUAUGAAGGCUGGAUGUUGCUGGCAGACCCUGUGUCUCCACACAUUCAGCAGUGACUUGGGUUUGAAGAGCAGAAAUUCGUGAUCUUGCUGAGCUCAGAACUCAGCAUGAAACAUGAAGACCAGGAGUAACUGCUCUGAAAUCUGCCCUUGGCUUCCCAAGGCUACCCCCUAGAGCCAUAUCCUCCUCACCUCCCUAAUUAUAGUUAUCACUCUUAGUAGCAGAUGAAAAUUUAUUCAGAAUGAAACCUGAAUAACAAACCUCCAGACAUACCUCCGCCAAAAAUAAAGCGAAUCAAAUGUUACAUAAAAAUGGUUAUUUCCCUCCAACUCAUACCCAUUGCAAGUACCUAAAGAAAAACUUUCCACAAAUUUUUUCCUCUAACAAAGUAAAACCUCCUAUUUGGACAAGAAAUAUUCCAUGUGUAUGGCACUAGAUAGUUUAUUUAGUCAUUAGUUUUACAGUGGAUGUUUGAUAAUCUGCACUGAUCACAUGGUCUUCCCCCCAACUAAACCCUGCUGGUAGUGGUUUGUCCCAGGUUUACUCCUCCUCUCGCCCCUUCCUCACUUGUAUCCCAUUGGCUGUGGCCCCACUCCUCUGCCCCCCUUCCCCUGAGCUUAAAUCUCCUGGGAGAAGACCCCCAAGUUCUCUUUUCCUGGGAUUCGCCUGAAUCCCAAGGUGAGUCCUAUCUAAGAAUAAAAACAGGGCUUUGGUCUCAAGAAGAGAGCGCCUCCAUCUUUUGUUUUUGUCCUUGUAAAGGCUGCUAGGGUCCAGAGCUAGCCAGAUUGGACCCGAAUGGACCUGGGAGAAAACCAGCCAUUUACAAUUCCAAGUAAAAACAGCUGUGCAGAGAGAAAAUCACACACAAAUUGGGAAACUCCAUUUUUCUGGAUUCUUGCCAAACACAAUUUCCUCUUUUGUUCGAAAUAAAUGGGAUGUUAAUGUGAAAAGCCAAAUAUUCUAUUGCAGAAAACAAAAUGUAUAGACACCACAGAAAACUGUUUUUGUUUUAAAAUGAUGCUUUGCCCAUGUGUAGAGUACUGGUUAUUUUCUACAUCUUUGAGAUCUUAAAGUCAGAUAUUCUUUUUCCUUCACACUUUCACUUAACUUCAAAACCAAGUGUUUUUCCAGUGCAUGAGGUUGAUUAAUUACUCUUUUGAGCCUCUCAAUUUUUCUAUUCUUUUUUCAUCUACAAAAGUUAUAAUUCACUAGACUGAAGUUUUAAUAACACACUCUAUGCUUCUUACAAGCACCCAAGAGGCAGUAUGACCUUUGGAGGUUUCUGUUUGGUUGGGUUUUUUAAAAUAUUGGAUUACACUAUAAAGUUUACAAUAAAUCUGAUUAAAAAUGCUAUUUUUCUGAGAUCCAGCAAAACACCUUCUAUGAGAACAGCUUCCAUACAAACAGUGACUACUGCAGUUACAUAACUCACUUUCUCAAGGCAGAGUAGAUGAUCAAGGUAUAUAUUAAGCAUUAAAACGCCUGCCAGCAGAAAGGAAGCAGCAGCACAAGCAGCUGGAGAUUAAAUUCAUCCUUGAAAUCUGUUUGACUGUACGUAAUUUUCACCAGUAUUGAUGCUGAGACUACAGGAAUAGCGCUUGGGCUAAAUGGAAGUUGUAAGGAACACAGGAAGAAUGUGGACAGAUUUUUAUACACUGAUGAAUACUUUAGUUGCACAGGCCCUUUAUAUAUCUAUAUGAAUAACAGUGUUUUCCUGAAACUAUUAAAAGUCCCAUUAUUCAAGUGCUGUGCACUCUUACAAGUAGUUUUUCUUCUUGAUGCCAAAUAAGACUUGGUCAUGGUGAUUGUGCUGGAAGAUGAAAAAGAAUGAAAGUUACAGCCCUAUCAUUGC